AUGGUUUCGGUUCGCUAUCGGGUUGCCCUCGCUGGAGCAGUCACACUGCUGCUUGCCGACGCCACAAGUCUCAGCGCCCUGGUUGUCUGCCCUUUGCACCUCGUGGUCAAGCGGCCACGCAUCGGCCGGGUUCAGCUGCGCGCGGUUUUGCCAAAAGCCGCUGAGAUCCAGUCAAAGCGCAGCAAUGCUUACAAGCUGUUGAGAAAGCUCGCGACCCGCGCGGGUCGGAGCAAGUUGGGCCGUUUCCUAGCGGAGGGGGACACCUUCCUACGCAUGCGCCCGCGGACGGUCGUCGUACGCCAAAGCCGCUACGACGACGGUGGCCUCCAGGAGAUUGUCGAGGCUGUUCUCUCUGCGAGCGAGGCUGGACCUCCCCGCGUUGCCCCUCCCCUGACCUGGGGAGGAGGACUCAAGGCCGACACCGGCCACCCGGAUGUGGCGCCUGGUUUCGCUGUACUCUCCAAUGGGCUGUUCGACCAACUCUCCACGCAGGAGAAGUCCCAGGGAGUGCUUUGCGUUUUUGGAUUGCCCCGGCCAUCGACAGCGCAGGCUCUCGGAGAGUCCGUGGUUGUCCUGGAUGGUGUAGAGGAUCCCAACAACCUGGGCGUGAUACUCCGGACGAUGGAGGCCUUCGGAUCUAAGACGUUGGUCCUCACCAAAGGCACCGUGGACGUUUUCAACCCAAAGGUGGUUCGGUGCUCAAUGGGUGCCGUCGUGCGGGGUCGCAUCGACGUCCUGGAGGUUGCAGCUGCUGAGGAGCUUCGGCAGCUACUUCAGGGCUACCGGAUCUUCGCGACAACGCUGGAGGGGCGCUGUCUCUCCACGCAGCUCGCGGCAGAACUGACGGGAAGAGAUGCCUUCGUGACACUCGGCCAGAUUUGGGAACGAAGCCCGUGGCGUCUCCGACGGCGUGAUCCACAUGGCAGACAGGCAACUUCAGAUUCCCAUGGCUCCCGGCGUGGACUCGCUGAACGUCGGUGUGGCGGUGGGCGUGGUACUUCACACGGCCUUAGCUGCCAAUGA